AUCUUAUCCAUGUUUGGUUUUAGUAACCACUUUAUUGAAACUGAUGCUCAAGAGCAGACUCUGAUUGGCCAACAGACACAGCUUAGCAUUUUUUCAGAAGAUGACCCAGAUAGUCCUAAAAUCCCAGAGUGUGUCCCACUUAAUAUUCCCGAACUUCCAGAGCUUGAAAGAUUAGAUUUUUCACCGAACUUUUCUGAGAUCUCAGCCAAUAUAUUCAAUGAAUCACCCAAGCAAAACGAUAUAUAUAAAUUUCAGGAAGUCAGAAACUGUAAAGUUGGUCGAAUGGAAGGUGGUAUUGAUAGCUUUGAGCUUAGUAAUACCCAGAUUACUCAAACUCAGCUUGUCAAAUCCUUUGAGUUAAAAGAAUCAAAGCAGAAAAAUUCAACUGGGACUUCUAAACCUUCUCGUUCGAGAUGGGGAAGAAAGCAAGAUAAACUUCUGUUUCAAACUAUCAGAGAUAUGGAAAAAGAAGAGCUGAUUACCAUGAAUGAUCUCCUUACUCCAAGUUCUGAGAUAUUUUCUAGAGAUUGUGAAGAGAUUCAGCAGCUCUGUGAAAGAUCUGGAUGGAAAUCUUCCCCAGAAAAGCUUCUCUCUCGUAUCAAAUCUUUAUGAGUCUCUGAGUUUUCUUUCAGAGAGACAACAUUGCUGAAGAAGAUUCUCAAGACCUAUAAAUACAAAGAGGUAGAUUAUCAAAAGGUGAUCAACGAAUUCCCAGGGAAGACUAUGCCAGUUCUCCAAAGCAUGGCUCAAAUGUUGAUAGACUUCCACUGCACAAAGGAUCUGGAUAGUUUUAGAAACAGUAGGAAGAAGUCAGUUCGCAAAGCUCCUAAAUAA